AUGCGCGCCUCAAUCUCCCUCGCCGCGUCUUUCGCCGUGCUCGCCUUCGCGCAGAGCAGCGAAGUCUCCGUCGUCACCAGUGCCCUGAGUGUCUCGAGCGUCUCUUUCGAGAACCCUUUCACAUCCUACACAAGCCUCACCAACUCCCUGGGCGUCAUAACCGGCAUGCCUCCUGUCGAGACUUCUCAGCCCUCCGUCCCAGCCGUCGUUACCUCCCAGCCCGGUGUCGUCACCACCCAGCCUAGUGUCGUAACCACGCAACCGAUCGUCGCAACAAUUCCAGCCAUCGGUACCGGUCUCACAACAGUACUCGUUGGUAACUCGUCGGUCGCCGUAUCUGCAAACAACAGCACAACCAUCAUCGUAUCGACCACCUCCUCGACUGUGGCAUCGAACUCUGCUUCGACCAGCCGCGCGACAUCAUCGGGUGGUUCGUCCGUUGCCGCCUCCGGAACGUCUGGCAGUGCAGCUGCCUCCUCGAGCGCGGCUGCUGCGGCUCACGCUAGGGUCGCGAGCGGUGCGCUGGUCGGUGCUGGCGCGUUUGCUAUCAUGUUCUUGUAG